AUAACUUCCGGUCGGCGUUACCUCGGUGCACAGCAAGCUAACCAAAGCUAUUCGGUUGUUUCAAACUCAACGUUUCAAGUCAGCCUUCAGGAUGGGAUGUGACGGUGGAACGAUUCCUAAAAGACACGAGUUGGUGAAAGGUCCCAAAAAAGUCGAGAAGGUUGAUAAAAAUGCAGAAUUGGCUGCCAAAUGGAAAUACUGUGCCUUGAGCCAAGAAAAACUCAGACGCCCCAUUGUGGCCUGUGACUUGGGAAGGCUGUAUAACAAAGAUUCUAUCAUUGAGUAUCUUUUGGAUAAGACUGCAGAGAGACCCAACGUUGAGGCUGUAACUCACAUCCGUGGGAUCAAGGAUAUUAAGGAGCUGAACUUGACUGAUAACCCCGAGUGGAAGGGAGAGAGAAGCAAUACUAAAGGAGACAUAUAUGAAGACAUGCACUGUGGCAUGUUCAUUUGUCCUGUCGUUGGGACGGAGAUGAACGGCAAGCACAGGUUCUGUUACCUGCAGACCUGUGGCUGUGUCUUUUCUGACAGGGCACUGAAGGAGGUCAAGACAGAAAUCUGCCACAAGUGCGGCGACGGGUUCAAAGUCGAGGACCUGGUUGUGCUCAACGGCACGAAGGAGGAGGUGGAGACGCUGAGAAAGAGGAUGGAAGAGAAGCGGGCCAAAGCCAAAACCAAGAAAUCCAAGAAGAGCAAAGCAGCCGAGACCCCGCUGGUGUCCACAGCGCUGGAAGCCAAAGAGGACACACAAACUCAAGAGGUGGAGCUGACGGGGAGCUCAGAGCAGAAUGCCGGUGAAAGCAGCCACUCAGCUCUUUUACCACCAUUUCACCACCCAGCUGUUGACGGACCCUCCGGAUCCUCCAUUUCCGCUCAGGGCAGCAAGUCUUCCUUGUCUUCCAACACCAAAAGGUCCUAUCAGGAAAUGACCGAGAAGUCUGAGGUCUUCAAAUCCCUGUUCACCACCCACAGCUCCGCCAAGCGCACCAAAGACCAGACGUCCAACUGGGUCACGCACACGCCGUAUCACUUCUAGGAGCCGGAGCUCGUCACUGAUGAACCGAGUCCUACGUUCCCGUCCCUCGACGCACAAACACACACACACACACACACACACUCACACACGUGUGAAAACUCAGUCCCAAUAUAUCUCCUCGGUCCCCAGUAGCUUUAGUGUUUGUGUGUUGUCGAUAUUUUGUUAAUGGCUCCCCAAGCUGUUCAGCCUCUUUUGUUUUGUAACUCUGCUCCCGUGUAUUCCCCAGCCUCCAAAUGUCCCCAGUCAGAGGGGCUCUGAGAAUUGAUGCUAGGUGACAUUUUCUAUCGCUGUCACUCUGCUGUCUCCUUGUGGACACGGUGCAUGUUUUCUUUUUCUUUUUUUAGAGGGACUUCUUCAUCAGGGGAAAAGGGGCUUCAGAACACGGGCUCAAUUUUAAUAUUCAGUUCAGGCAAAAUAAAUUAGAUCUUGAAAUCUUUAAAGCAGUUCAUUUUUCUCUUUUAAAAAAAAUGUUUUAUAUUCUUUUAGCUCGCCCAAUGUUAGCUUGGUCACACGUGGUACACUAUUUAACACAGGACAAUGUAAUAUAUAUUUCAUUGCAUUGGUUAUUUCUUUUCUUUAUAAAAUCUUAGUUAAUAACAGCCGAGCAGAUUAGCAAAACAAUCUCUCACUUUUAAAACAAGCAUCAAAUUUGUUAGAAAUUCUCUUUGAGACCUAUAUUUUUAAGAAAUGGAAAACAAUUCGAAUGUCAUUUUAUAAACCUGGAUUGUGAUUGGGUUAUCUUAUUUUGAUGAUCUUUGUUUUGAAAUAUGGGUUUCUGGGUAUGAUAAAUCAAAUGAUGCACUUAUCCUUGACUGAUAUAUAUAUAUAUAUAUAUCUAUAUAUAUGUAUAUAUAUAUAUCCUUCCGGAUAUGGAUCCUUCCAGACUCUGGUUUGUUGGGGAAAAAAACCAUGUUCCUCAAUGAUGUGGUUCUUUUGUUUGUCUCUCUGCGUCUACCACUUGUAAAACUCGUUUUCACCUUGUUUCAACCUUCCAACUUAAAUUCCAGUAGACGUCAAACACAACGUUUGUCCUGCUAUACGUACCUGGAUAAGUCUGCAUCUUUGGCUAAUAAUGGCUACACAUUUUGGUUUGGUUGGUAGGACUGUUGAUGUUCCAUUGCAUAGGAAGCUAAUAUUGUUGUGCAUAUUUUGAUACAUACCACAUGAAUAUAACAUUUUCACAAUUGCAUAAAAAAUGAAUAUAUGUAAAAAAAUUCUCAUGUUGAUUAUUAAAAACAUUUUAAUUUGGAGCAACUAAAAAUGGAAGUCUUGACAAAUGAGUCAUAUUGAAUUUUCAUAGGCACCAUUGAAUUCCUUACAUUUUGAUGUCAACAACAAGAUAUGUCAAGCCAUUCGAGUUCAACACUGAAACGUCCUUAUUCCCUUUUUUGCAACGGCCAUCUUGAAAAAUGGCCGUCAUCUAGGAGUUCUUGUAUAGUGGAUAAGAGAGUAUUUCUUAGACAUUAAUCAUACCAAAUGUGCUUGUAUCACCAAGUGAACGAUGUUAUGGAAUAUUGACUUAAUCUGCUGGACUUACUGAAGCUUCUGAUGCUCAUGAAUCAAAAGAAUAAAUACAAACAUACUUAUUGCGUUACAAUAAGUGGGUUUUUUUUUUAAAGGAAGACUGCUCACAUGAACAUAUUUAAAUAUGUUGGCUCCCAGUUUAACAGCAAAAUAUAUUGAACCAUCACAUUUUCACAGUUGUCUUUUUGAGGAGAUUCAGAAUGUAUUCUACCAGUUUUCAGUUGGAUUGUUUCUUUGAAUGUCACUAGUAAAUGCCCAAAAAUAAAUUCAUCUCGAGUCCU